AGUUUGUUCUUUUCCCCAUUUUACACAGCCGGAUUUGUCAUAACAUUAGCUGACUUGUGUCCAAAUCCUCUUAAACGGAUGAAUCCUCUCUGGUGGUGUGACUGUCCAAGGACAGCGGGCGGUUGUCAGACCAGAGCCCAGCGGAGAUGCGUCCAUGCGUGUGUGCGUUCCGGGGGAGAAUUAGCUCGCUUUGGAAGGCGGCGGCGGCGGCGGCGGCGGUGGGGGUUGAGCCUCCCACUUGCAGAAUGUCCUCACUCCAAGCUUUCGCGAAAGCCUUGUUCUCGAGUCAAGCUCGCGCUCUUCCUCUCUGCGUGGAUCCUUGCUUGGACGGGAUGAGGUCCACGUGUUUGAAGUUGACCGUGGCCUGCCUGUGGCUUCUCCCCUCAGCGGGCCAAGAAACAGUCAAAGCCUCCGACUUGGCAAACCGACAACGGAGGGCGGACAAAGGGGAAAGAGGCGCUUCUGCCGGAGCGGCGUUGAAGGUGAAGCAUAUCUCCAAGGACUUACAGAUCAUCUCCACCAAAUACAAAACCCCCGAGUACGGAUCCCUCGGCCCGUACGGCUGGCCGCAGAACUUUUCCCUGGCCCUCGAUCGACAUCAGUACAACCCUCAAUCCAAACCGCAUUCAAAAGUCUCCCCGAAGUCCAAGAAGAUUUUGGGUUGGGGGGACUUUUACUUCAACGUGAAAACGUUGAAGUUCAGUCUUCUGGUGACCGGCAAAAUCGUGGACCACAUCAACGGCACGUUCGGCGUCUACUUCCGCCACAACUCUUCCCAUUUAGGAAACAUAUCGGUCAGCAUUGUUCCGCCUUCUAAAGCUGUUGGCUUGGAGGUUCUGGAUCCAGGAGUUCUAAGUAUUCAGACCGGGAACUCUGUACUGCUACCGGACCUAGCUUCCCACUUUCAGUCCGCUGGCUCCACCUCUCCAGACCCGCACAAGCAGCAGCAGGAUUUGACGGCGACCACGGAACUCAAUUGCCGCAUCGAGUACCAAAGAACAAACCGGUCCAAGAAGACCAAGCCCUGUAUGUACGACCCGGGUCAGACGUGCUACUCGGAAAACACCCGGUCGCAGGCGGCGUGGAUCUGUGCCAAACCCUUUAAGGUGAUUUGCAUCUUCAUCGCCUUCACCGGUACCGACUACAGGCUGGUGCAGAAGGUUUGCCCUGACCGCAACUUUCAGGCAGACCAGAACCAGCAGCACUUCGGAUGACAACUCCACAAUGAAACAUUUGCUUCCCUUUCUAAAAUAGCUUAACUCCACCGAAACGGUGCCAUUUGCAUUCCCACGAAAUCAAAUGUGUAAGAUUACGUGCAUCCUGCACAUUGAUCUGAUAGCAUAUUUAAUAAAUACAAUUCAACAGAUUUAGUUGAAGUACUUUGAACAGUGGAAAAUUAGCGUGUAGCCUGUCUCCGCUUCCCAAAGUCAGACUUUGUCCUUGAGAAAUGUGAUUUCUUUUUGCAGAUUUGUGUUAGUCCUUAUCGCGACUCUACUUUUUAGAUUAUUUUCUUCCAAGAAAAACAACGGAGUUUAAAUUCAAACUUGAGUCGCGUCCCUGGGUUUGCACUCAGUCUUGUGACUCCACCAUAGUACCCCCUUCGAGAACCACGGGAAGGCUGAAAAAAGCGAGUUCACGCAUUGCUUCUUUUGUAUAUCUGAUCCCAUUUCGACGGUGACUGGAACGGAUGAAAUCUCGGCACGUGAACGUAAAUGUUAUGCGGCCGUAUUUCGUGUAUUUGCAAAUUCUCACUCCUGUUACUUUCAGUCCUGUAAAACAAUGACAUACAACGAGAACGUCGAUCGAGAUGAGCCAAUACGCAUUUUGACUCGCUCAAUUUGCGAAUGGUAGCGAGAUGGAUUUGCAAAAAAAAAAGCUUCUUUUGCGAGUGUUACAAGAAGCAAAUGGCACCGAUCCGGUGGACGGCCCCUUAUGCACUGUGGAGUGUUUUGCUUUUGCUUGAAAAGACGCAUUCAUGGCUCACGAAUAUACAGUCAAUUAUAUGCUGCACGGUACCUCCGAACUCGAACACAAUCCAUCCCAGGAGAAUGUCUGACCUUAUAUGUGUUCCUAUGUUUGGGCGGACUGACUCUAGCCAACGGCGGGAAAUGUUGGACGAUAGAACUGCGAUAGAACCGUACGAGACAAUUCGAUCAAACCCGAGACCGUAAGGACGUGGUCACGCAAUAUAUCACAAUUUAGCGCCACAAUUCAGCACUACAUAAUUCUCAGUCUUGUCAGCAAUUAGCAUGUCGUCAACACGUCCCAUUUCCCUUUACAGGGUCUUUAUUGAGGUCGUGUUAUCUGACAUAUAUGCACACGUGACAUCAGCGGGACAACGAUCUCUGUCAUCGGUGUUUAUGUGUGCCUUCGCAAUAAAGGCCAUUCACGUCGACUGCUUCAUUCUUGUCAGAGCCCACGCUGCUGAUUGCACAAAGAAACACAACUCAUGCUUCCGUUUCCAACUUCUCUCAACAUAUUGAACCUUGCGAGAAGUCUCCGAAGUCUUCUGCUGAGUGUUCUUCUCGCUUGAAAAUCUUGUCCAUUGGCAGCUUUAAAUGUCGAGCCUCGCCGCCGCCCGGCGCAGCCACGUCCAAUCUUGACGGCUUCCGGAACCGAGGUCACGGAGAGCUUGAUGGAAACGUCGCGUUCCACCGUCCGGUCGUAUGCGCAAAUGUUUUUGGAUCAUCUCGGGUCAGGCGAAAGGGAAACCGGCGCUGCAGACUUCUUAGUCCUGAAAGACGGUCGACUGUAAAAGUUAGCCUCCUGCGCUUUACGUGAGGCUUGAACACACCAAAGGCUUGUAAAAAAAAAAAAGAAUGAAGGCAAAAGAUGAAAGGAGACGCACUUCCUUUGCGCCGCAACAAUAGUUUAGUGUGUUUGGACAAAACAACACCCAACUAGAAGCUGACGAACAAACAAGCCCUGACAUAUUACCGUUGCAUUUUUCAUUAUCUUCCGCAAGCACGCCAAUGAAAAACGCAUACGGGCCUAAGCUGCCUUUUAUUCAGUGGAUUGUUUGGAACUUCAAAAAGGGCCCAUUCGUUCCACUCCCUUGUUUCCAACCC